AUGCCCAACACCGGCGCGAACAACGGGAGCGGAAAGCCGGGCGUUGUGCGCGAGCGCGAGCAGAGCGCAAGGGCGGAGGAAACCGAGCGGAAGCGGGCUCGGGGCGCGCUCUCGUGCGCAGAGUGCCGGCGGUUGAAGCUCAAGUGCGAUAAAGCCGACACGGACCGCCUUCACCGCAAAAUCUCCGAAAUGUCAGAACGCAUCCGUCAGCUCGAAGACGCGCUCUCCCUCUCGCAUGCCACCUCGUACUCCGUCGCCUCGUCCUCAAGCGUGCCACCUCCGCGGGAACCGCACCCUCUCCUCACCGAAGAUCUCCUCAAAGUAAAAUCCACCAUUGACCUCCACUCCGCUUCGUCUGGCACCAUCCCCGGUUCGGCCGACUCCCAGCAUAUGUACCACCCGCAUUUUCAACACCUUCAAGGCCAAUCCCUAUCACCGUAUUCGAGGCCUCAUUCCGGGGACGGUGGCGCACCCCAGGACAGUAAAGGUGCAGGAGCAAUGAAGACCGAAGAAAACACUGGGGGCGCCUACGGGACCAUCGCGGCGCAGGCCUACGGAAUGUACGACACUAAGUCCAUCUAUGGUCGUUCGGCCGGCUCGGAUGCCCUACUCUCCUCCCCACCACCGAAACCCAGCAAACUACUGGCUAACCCUCUCCCCGCACUCCCCCAUUCCAUCCUCCACCUUUCCGUCCCCUUCUUCAGCGCCCCCUCCCACUCGCCCCCGACGUCCAUCGACACCUUACACGAAACUAUCCGCUCUCAUCUACCUCCUUAUCCGACCGCCCGUGCGCUAUGCGCUUCCUAUCUUCGCGCGGCGUGGUGCGCCGCCCCCGUCACGCGCUCCGAGCUCGAACGGGAGAUAUUACCAUUAUUCUACCCAGAGGCGCGGACCGAAGGAACCAUCUGGACGACGACGCCGGCAUCGAACGGGAUACCAACGCGAUUCGGGCCCCAUCGAACUGCGCUGCUGUUUGCGAUCCUCGCGCUCGGCGUCUUCUCCGACUUUUCGCGCCCGCCACCGCCGUCGUCCGCCUCGUCGCCUCGGUCGCCCCCGCCUCCACCUCAGGACGAAAGGCAGAAGGACGAAGAGUCCACGCGAUACAUCCACCUGUCGCGGGCGGCGCUGAACCUCCAACCGGUGUUCGACAGGCCGCCGUGCGUGAGCACGGUGCAGACGCUCAGCUUCAUGGCGACGCACAAAUCGCUGCAAGUGGAAGAGGAUAGCGUUGAGGGUGCCUGGGCAUUCAGGGGCAUGAGCGCAAAACUGGCGCAGAGCCUGGAGCUUCAUCGCGACUGCUCACGCUUCCGGCUGAGUGCGCAUGAGGCUCAGAAGCGGAGAUCGCUCUUUUGGCAUAUAUGUUUCACGGAUUGUAUGAUGAGCUUGGCGACCGGGCGACUACCGACGUUCGACUUGGCCUUCAUCGAUUGCGCGCUACCGGACGAAACCGUCGACGGUGCGUACGGGGCUGACACCCUCGCUGCGAUCGCAUCAGAACUUUACGCCUGGAAAGCCCGGUUCGCCCGAGACUGCCUCGUGCCGGUGUGCCACGGAAUCCUCACCGCCAAAGCACCCGCGUACGCGACCAUCCUCGCGCUCGACCGCACCGUGCGCGACGCGGAGAUGCCCCUCUACUCCCGCGUAACCCCGAGCCCGAGCGCGGCCGACUUUGGCACGCUCAUGCACCACUUCAUCCCCCGUUCCUACCGGGACCAAACCCUGCUAUACAUCCACCGGUGCUAUUUUGCACAGGCGGUGUGCGAUCAGCCGGCAGACCCACUCAAGAGCCCGUACGCGCCCUCGUUCCUCGCCGCCUACCGCAGCGCGUGCAACAUCCUCAACACGCUCAAGGAGAUUGCGGAGGUAUACCCCGCCGAGCUCGCGCGAUGCGGCGAGCUCUGGUCCCACGCUUUCUCCAGUGCGGUGAUGCUCGCCUCGGUCGUGACCCACGCGCCCAGGAGCAAGGUGUCGAACGUGGCGCUCAUGGAGCUCAAGCAGGCGUGCGACCUGUUCGAGAAGGUCGCCGCGCACAAAGGGCGACCCGCAAAGUUCCUGCCGAUCUUACAGCGCCUGAUGCGCAAAGCGGACCGCAAGCUAGCCGGGCUCGCGCUCGACCGCUCCUCGGCGCUCGACGCGCUCGACGAGCGGCUCGACGCCGCCGCAGACGACCACCUCGUCGGGUACGCGCGCCUGCGUUCCCUCGCCCGGAGCAGCCUCCUCGACUUCCCGACGACCACCGGCACGGGUUACAGGCAGCACGCCGAGUCGGCGCAGCGCACCCCGAUCGGGGGGUCGCCCUAUCCCACGUCCGGCGACGCGGAGUCGUGGGAAGGGGCGGGGGUAGGGGCGCCGAUCGAGGAGGAGGAGGAGGAGGAAGAGGGGGAGGGGGCGAGGGGGGCGAGGGGCCUCGACCUGCCGCCGACCGACCUCGCGUACACGUACGUCGGCAACUUGGGGCCGGGCGCGGUGGUCGGGGCGAUGGACGGGGCGGGGAUGCGGCAUCCGUGGGCGGGGAUGGGGAUGGGGACGGACGAGGACAACGUCGGAGGGCGGGCGACGGUGUAA